UGGCAGUGAAAAUUUCACCUGUCUACAUCCUUUACGAUUUUUUCAUUUCUAUUAUUUAUACCUUCAAUUUCCCGGCAAUUCAAAUUCACUCUCCGGUAACCAACUCCGUCGGAACCCUAUCCACGUGUCAACUCAAUAUACCGCCACGUCAUUUCCUUCAACCUCACAAUUCUGCGGGAAUCGGAUUCCGUAUAGAAAUGGAAAACCGAAUAUAAUCCGGAAUACCAGUUGUGUGUAUACAGUAGUAGAAUUUGUCCGUCCACUUGUUUAAUGUAUGAAGGGGCUAAAUUGUUGUUGUAAUAAUAAUAGUAAUAAUAAUGGUAGUAUAUUAGAAGCAUUAUCAGUUACAAGGAAUAGUAGCACCAAGUUUUGGGUGCUACACGCGGCAUUUGAUUCUUCUUGUAAUUCUGGAUUAAACAACAAAAUCAAAUGGCUAUUUAAUGCGAAGAUGCGAAUCCCUAAGCGUUCAGUUUCACUUUGCCUUUCUGUAUUCUCUCCCAAGGAACUAUUUGUUUCCUCUUUCUCGAGAAGCUUUAGUUUUCAUUUGGGGAUUCAAAGUUCUUUAAGUUCUGAUCGUUUUCAGAGCAGAGGAGAACCAGUUCGUUACAAAGGGAGAGAUCAGUUACAUACAAGUUGUACGAUGGAUGGGAUUGGUGUAGAUACCAGGGCGGCACUGAUUGAGAAGAAAACUGGUGCCAAUGGUGAUCAGGGUUCGUUCAUAUGGUCAUCUCCCGAAGGAGGGAGUGACAUUGCCAUAGGAAAGCAGAUAUUCUGUAAUCGGUCCUUAAACAUGAAAAAUAUAGUUGCUGUUGGAUUUGACAUGGACUACACCCUGGCACAGUACAAGCCUGAGACUUUUGAAUCUCUUGCAUAUGAAGGCACAGUCAGAAAGCUUGUGUAUAAUUUAGGAUACCCUUCCAAGCUGUUGGAAUGGUCAUUUGAUUGGAGCUACAUGGUCAGAGGUUUAGUUCUUGAUAAAAAGAGGGGGAAUAUAUUAAAGAUGGAUCGACACAAAUAUGUGAAAGUAGCUUAUCAUGGAUUUAGAGAGCUUUCCAAGGAAGAUAAAGUUGCUACUUAUGGCAAUACCUUGCUUCGGGAUUCAUUUGAUGAACCUGACUAUGCACUUAUUGAUACCCUUUUCUCUCUCGCUGAAGCCUACUUAUUCGCUCAGUUGGUGGACUUCAAAGACAAAAAUCCAGGAAAAGUUCCUGGAGAUGCAGACUACUCUCGCAUGUACAAGGAUGUUAGAGCAGCAGUAGAUUUGUGUCACCGUGAUGGGACUUUGAAGCAGAUGGUUGCAAAAGAUCCAAAAAGAUAUAUCAAUGAGGAUACCUCAAUUGUUCCGAUGCUCAAAAUGCUUAGAGAAUCUGGACGUGCUACUUUUCUGGUAACAAACAGCUUGUGGGACUAUACAAACAUUGUUAUGAACUUCCUUUGUGGGCCUAAACCCUCUGCUGGAAGUAGUUCCAGAUUUGAUUGGCUUCAGUACUUUGAUAUUGUCAUCACUGGCAGUGCAAAACCAGGUUUUUUCCAUGAUGAAAUUCGUGCAAACCUCUUUGAGGUUGAACCUGAAAGUGGCAUGCUUAUCAACACUGAUAAUGGGACUCCUAUGGCACAGGUGGGGUGCACUUCUUCGGAAUUGCUUUUAAAGAGUUUGAAGGAAGGCUGCAGAAUUUUCCAGGGGGGAAAUGUUGGCCAUUUGCAUAAGUUACUUUCAAUUGAGUCAAGCUCACAGGUUCUUUAUGUUGGAGAUCACAUUUACGGUGAUAUCUUACGCAGCAAAAAGGUUUUGGGUUGGAGAACAAUGCUUGUUGUUCCAGAGCUUGAGAGAGAGGUUGAACUUCUCUGGGAGCUAAAGGAUACUCGCAAGCAACUUCAGUUAUUGAGGAAUCAGCGUGAUCACAUUGAAGAUGAAAUACACCAUCUUAAGUGGUCCCUCAAAUCUAAAGAUACUGAUGAUGCCAACAAGGAAAAGAUGUUUUCGGAGCUUGACAAGCUGCAGUCCCAAAGUGAGGAGGUCAGGCUCAGUCAUCAGCAAGCACAACAAGAAUGUCACCAAAAGUUCCACAAGGUCUGGGGGCAACUGAUGAAGACGGGGUAUCAAAAUUCUCGUUUUGCACAUCAGGUAGAGAGGUUCGCUUGCCUCUAUACAAGCCAGGUGACCAACUUGAGCUUGUACUCUCCGGACAAGUAUUAUCGACCCAGUGAGGAUUUCAUGCCUCACGAAUUUGACAUCUUCUCCAUUUUAAGAUGAGCUUUGGUCAUUCUAACUUGUAGGUGCAUCCAUGUGUUUUAUAUUUUCAGUUUGUUGGUUUUGGCCGUCUGGAAUGCAACAUUUUAAGUUGUACCAAACGUAGAAAAUCUUUUGGUUUUGUGAUUAAAUAACUCAACUGUAUCAUAUUUUGUUUGUGCUAUCUCAUAUAUGUGCUUACCUGAUU